AUGAAGCUAGGCUUUCUUCCCAGUGCGUCUUUAUUGACCUUGACCCUCAUCGGGUACUCCGUCGCAGCCCCUGCUCGCCGACAAGAUGAUAGCUGUCGGCGAACCAAAGUUGCCAUUCUAGGAGGAGGAAUGGCGGGCGUUACGGCAGCACAAGCGCUGGCUAAUGCAUCUGUUGAUGAUUUUGUCAUUGUUGAGUACCUGGGAGAUCUUGGAGGGCGUGUGGCUCAUACUACUUUUGGUGCUCAACCUGACGGGACACCCUACGUUGUUGAGCUAGGUGCAAACUGGGUACAAGGACUCCAGACUGAUGACGGUCCUGAGAAUCCCAUAUGGUAUUUGGCACAGAAAUACGAAAUCAACAAUACAUACUCGGACUACGACAGCAUGAAGACAUAUAACGAAACUGGCGAAGUCGACUUCCUAGAUCUCCUAGACGAACUUGAUGAGGCUUAUGCAAUCUUGGAGCAAAACGCCGGACAUAUGCUCAGUGAAGGCCUGCUAGAUUACUCAACUCGUGCCGGGCUUGACAUUGCUGGAUGGAAACCCAUGAAGGACCCCAAAAAGAAUGUCUUGGAAUGGUUUUACUUCGAUUGGGAGUAUUCCUACACGCCUGAACAAUCCUCUACGUUAUUCACCAUUGUGAACUACAAUACCACAUUCUACCAAUGGAGCGAAGAGAACAACUUUGUCUGGGACUCUCGAGGCUUCAACACCAUUAUUAAAGGAGAGGCGUCAGUAUUUAUGAAUUGUACCGAAGAGUACGACUGCUCUGGAGACUCUCGACUCCUGCUCAACACUAUUGUCACUCACAUCUCUUAUUCGGACGCCGGCGUCACGAUCACCAAUGAGGAUGGCUCGUGUAUCGAAGCGGACUACGCCAUCUGCACUUUCAGUGUUGGUGUUUUCCAAAAUGAUGCCGUCUCUUUUGAUCCUCCACUUCCUGCUUGGAAGCAGAGUGCAAUCGCGACCUUUCAGAUGGGGACGUACACAAAGAUUUUCAUGCAAUUCCCUCCCGAUCAAGUAUUCUGGAAUACAAGUGUUCAAUUUUUCCUGUAUGCGGACCCGGUCACGAGAGGAUACUAUCCAGCCUUCCAAUCUCUCGACGGCGAAGGAUUUCUACCGGGAAGUGGUAUCUUGUUUGUAACGGUGGUUGAAGAAGAGAGCUAUACUGUCGAGGCGCAAGACGAAGAGACUACAAAACACGAGAUUCUCGAAGUGCUUCGUGAUAUGUACGGGGCGGAGAAUGUCCCAAUGCCCACUGCGUUCAUGUAUCCCCGUUGGAGUUUAGAACCGUGGACAUAUGGUUCAUACUCGAACUGGCCUCCAGGGACAACACUCGAGCAGCAUCAGAAUCUGAGAGCGAAUCUUGGAAGAUUGUACUUUGCAGGAGAAGCCACCAGUGCACAGUACUACGGGUUCUUGCAAGGAGCGUACUAUGAAGGUAAGGAAGCCGGUGAAGCAGUCGCGGAUUGCCUGGUACAUCCCAAACGUUGUAGUGGCUAUGACCGUUACGAAGUGCUUCAUGGUAUAACGCAAUCCAACGAGUAUAACACGAUGAAUGGAUGGAUGGUGACCAGUUUCCAGACGAACGGGCUCGAGUAA